UUAACAAAAGGUGAAAUGUGAAGGAUGCCUCUACUCCUCUAAUAGUGGCGGGGCUUUUUCGCAGCUUUUUAUACAAACUAUAUAAAUCACAGCCACUGUGCCCAUAUCAGUACAAACCAUGAAAGUUAUCAGUGUGAUUGUCGUCCUGGCCGCCGCCGCCAGCGCCGCCCCCCAGCAGGGACGCGACGCCCAGAUCCUCAAAUUCGAGAACGAAAACAUUGGCGUCGACGGAUACAAAUUCAGUUACGAGACUAGUGAUCCCAUCACACGGCAGGAAACCGGCGAAUUGACCAACGCUGGGAGCGAGAACGAGGCGAUCAUCGUCAAGGGAGAGUACAGCUAUGUGGGCCCAGAUGGGAAGACCCAUUCCGUCAGCUUCGUGGCCGACGAAAAUGGGUACAGACCCAGUGCCAAGACUGCCCGGAAAUAAGCUCAAGCGGACUGGAUUUGUGUUGUUGUCCAACAAGUCUUAAAUACAUAACUGACCUAUA